AAAUCGAAACUCGGGAACGAUCCAUGAUCAGAAAAGGGACAAUCUUUACAGAUUCGGUUCAAAAAAACAAAAAAUUCGAUCGUUUUGUUUGUGAUCUUCUUCUUCUUCGCUCCUCAGCUUUCAUGGCUUCUUCUAAUGUGAAGCCAUGGCUUUGUUUGAGCUUUCUCUUCGUUCUUCACACUUCUCUGCUCGCACCAAUCUGUAAUUGUCAGCCUCAGAACAUCGAAACCUUCUUUCCACCUGAAACUUCACCUCCAGCUCCUCCACCGAGCAUUUCUCCACCGCCGUCACCUGCAGUUCAGCCGAUACCGACGCCGGUGCCGGCGGAAACAACUAGAAGUUCUUCAUCAUCGAAUAGUAAGGUAGGGAGGGCUGUGGCUAUUACUGCAGCAAGCACAGUGGUUGUUUCUGCGUUAGUCUUCUUCUUUAUCCGAUGGUGUUUAAAGAAAAGACGAAGAGAUGAGAGACGUGUCACCUCUGCUUCGGAACCUGCUGAUGGAAAUGGAAGAACUGUUGUUCCUCAGACGAACGCGUUUGAACGAAUUGAAGGUAAUGUGAAGGGAUUGAUUGUUGAUGAGAAUGGUUUGGAUGUGAUUUAUUGGAGGAAGCUUGAAGAGAAGAAUAGGUCCAAGAAGGGAUUACAGAGGGAGGUUCGAACUAUCGCUAAAGAACAAGAUCAAGAACAAGAAGUAGAGGUUGUAACAGAAGAUGAUGAUUAUGAUGGGUAUGGAAGAAAGCAUCGCCGGAAAAAAUCUGGGCCUGUUCAAGAAAUUCCUCUGCUUCGUGGGAAAUCUUCGGCUUCCGAGAAGAAUUUAAUAUCAGAAGAUGAACAUGGGUCGAAUCGGAGUUGGAGGAGAACGUUUUCUCGAAAAACAGCAGCCACUCCCCCUCCUCCUCCGGUGACGACGACGGCGACUGUUUCACCGCCAUUACCACCACCGCCCGCCGCUUAUUUUUCUGCUGUUUCAAAAGCGAAAAACAGUGAACCGCCACCGCCACCACAUCAUGUUACUGCUUCUUCUUCUUCUUCUUCUGUUUCACCACCAUUACCACCACCGCCCUCUGCUUACUUUUCUGCUGCUAACAAAACGAAAACCACUGAACCACCGCCUCCACCUCCUCCUCCGUCAAUUCCAGAUAAAAAAGGUCCGGCGCCGCCUCCCCCACCUCCACCUGCGCCGGCUAAAAAGAGUCCAGCACCACCACCAGCUCCGCCCAUGGCCGGAAGCUCAAGGUCAUCUUCAAAACCACCACCUACCCCAGUUGAAAUGUCAGGGGAAGACAAUGAUAAGGUGAAACUAAAACCUUUACAUUGGGAUAAAGUCACCACCAACGUUGAUCAUUCCAUGGUUUGGGACAAGUUGAAUCGUGGCUCCUUCAGGGUGGAUCAAGAUCUUAUGGAAGCUCUUUUUGGAUAUGUGGCUACAAGCAAAAGAACCAAGAACAAUUCAACUAGUCCAACCAAGGAGGUUUCUGCACAAUCAAGCACAACUUUCAUUCUUGAUUCCAGGAAAUCACAGAAUAUUGCUAUUGUCUUGAGAUCUUUAGCUGUGUCGCGACGAGAAAUCCUUGAUGCCCUUGAUGAGGGUCAAGGCCUUAAUUCAGAUAUAAUUGAGAAGCUUGUUAGAGUUGCUCCAACACAAGAAGAACAAUCUGAAAUACUUGAUUAUAAUGGAGACCCUGCAAGACUUGCAGUUGCAGAAUCCUUCCUCUAUGAUAUUCUCAAAGCUGUUCCUUCAGCUUUCAAGCGUUUGAAUGCUAUGCUUUUCAGGUUCAAUUAUGAUUCAGAGGUAUUAGAGAUCAAGGAAUCUUUGAACACACUUGAAUUGGCCUGCAAGGAGCUUAGAACUAGAGGGCUUUUUGUGAAACUUCUUGAAGCAGUCCUUAAGGCUGGGAACCGUAUGAAUGCUGGUACUUCAAGAGGCAAUGCUCAAGCUUUUAACUUGACUUCUUUGAGGAAACUCUCUGAUGUCAAAAGCACAGAUGGGAAAACCACAUUGCUUCACUUUGUGGUUGAAGAAGUAGUCCGGUCUGAGGGAAAACGGUGCGUUCUUAACCGCGAUUGGAGCCUGAAUCGGAGUGGAAGUAGGAAAGUGAACAACAAAGGUGAGUCUGAGAACUCUGCUUCAGAUGAACAGAGAGAAAUGGAAUACCUAAAGUUAGGAUUACCAUUUGUUGGAGGAAUUAGUACUGAGUUCUCCAAUGUGAAGAAAGCAGCCAUUAUUGAUUAUAAUAGUUUAGUUGCUUCAAUAUCAUCCCUCUCCACUCGGAUAGCAGAAAUCAAACAACUAGUUUCACAGUGUGGGAAUGGUAAAGGAGGGAACUUUGUGAGAGAAAUGGACCAUUUUCUGAGAAGUGCUGAGGAAGAAUUGAGAUCAGUGAAAGAUGAGCAAACAAGGGUAAUGCAGAUUGUGAAGAAAACAACGGAGUAUUAUCAAGGAGGAGCUUCAAAAGAGAAAGCAGAGAAUCUUCUGGAAAUUUUUGUCAUCAUUAAGGAUUUUCUGGGAAUGGUUGAUCAGGCCUGUAUUGACAUUGCUCGUAAUAUGCAGAAGAGGAAGAAAACAAAAUCAAAUUCUGGGUAAGUUCUGGGAACAGGGACAGAAUCCUUGUACAGUAGAAUGAUCAGUUUUGCCGAAUGGAAUUUAUAUUAUUCCGUUCAAAGUCAUAGGAUGGUCCAUGUUCUGAUCAUGAGACAGCUGUAAAUAAUCUCGUACUCGAGAGACAAUUGGAUUGGUCCCAAACUAUGUGGACCUGACAACUAUUGGGACAGCCUGUGUCUGGCAAAUUCAGGAACUAGAGCCAUCCUUUUUUAUGUUACCCAGAUCACUCAUUCUUUAGUUUACUUCUCUGUUAAUGUUGGAUUCUUCUGGCAUUAACGAGGAUUUGCACAGCUUCUUGGGAUUUUCUGUUACUAUAUCAUAAUUCUUUUGAUAUGUAAUUUUAGAUGAAUGAGAAUUUGUAUUUAUUCACCAAAGAAAACACAUCAGAGUUGCUUCCCAUAUUGCAACGUAAUAGAGAAUUUACUUUGUAUUAAUCUU